UAGUUCUGCCGGGGGCGGGCGCAGUUCCCGGCGGGCGGCGCUCAGUCACACGCCAGCGGACUGAGGGAGGGAGGCGGGAGCAUGGCUGGCAGGUCCCUGCGGGCGGCCCGGCAUCACCUUAGCCCGCUGCUCUCGUUGGGCGCUCAGCGGCCCAGCAGAGAUUGCCUGUGUGUCUUCAGCACUGCGGCCCAGCAGAGGAGUACGGGAGAUGAGUGUGGACCAGAGGAUCCCCGCGAUGAGCCGAGACAUCCCCUUUCUGAGCGAACUAUAGAGCUCAAAGCCAGCAAACUGGAAGAACAAGUCCGUGAUUUAACUGAGCGAUACCGGAAAGCCUUGGCGGAUUCGGAAAACGUCCGGAGGAGAACACAGAAGUUUGUGGAAGAUGCCAAGCUGUUUGGGAUCCAGAGUUUCUGCAAGGACCUGGUGGAGGUAGCUGAUAUCUUGGAGAAGACUACGGAGAGCGCUGCAAGAGAAGCAGAGCCUAGUGACCCAAAACCAACCCUCAAGAAGAUCUAUGAAGGCCUCUUCCUCAUAGAGGCCAAGUUGCAAAGUGUAUUUGCCAAGCAUGGCCUUCAGAAGAUGAACCCCGUUGGUGGCAAAUAUGAUCCAUACGACCAUGAAAUAGUCUGCCAUGUGCCAGCAGAGGGAAUGCAGCCGGGCACAGUGGCACUAGUGACUCAGGAUGGCUAUAAACUCCACGGCCGCACUAUCAGACACGCACAUGUUGGUGUGGCAGUAGAGUCGCAGGAGUGAUGUGGUGGGUGCACCCAUUGGGAUCUGGGACCUUAAUGAGCGGAGGACUUGGUCACACAGUGGCGAUAGCAGCUGCAUGUCUUUUCUUUAUUUAUUAAGCUAGGUUUGUAUUGUACAUUGGCUUCUUCACAACAUGUGCAGUAAUCUUGGCUUUAAUUCCAAGAGGCUCAAUUAUUUAAUGUUCCUUUUCUGAGUGUUUGUAAUACUGGGAAUCCUGCUAUUUAAGCAUGUGGCACUGCUACCCUCUUCUCUGUUGGAUUCAGGUUUCUAUUAAAACUUGCACUGGGGGAAGAGGGAGUUGGGGAGAGAGACUCUGAGAGCCAGGAAUUUUCUGCCUUCUGAUCCCAGCUCUGACAUACUCUUUCUGUGGCUUUCGGCAAGUCACUUAGCCACCCUGCCUCAGUUUCCCUAUAUGUAAAAUAGGGAUAUAAUAAUACUUACUAACCACCUCACCAGGGUGUUGUGAGGUUUAAAUAAUAUUUGAGAUGCACCUUAGAGAUGAAGAGCUCUAGCUAAGUGCAAAGUAUUAUUAUGAGACUCUUGUGUGGUCUUUUAUUUUUUUUUUUCCUGUUUUCCUUAGGCAGAAGGAGCUGUGAAAGCAUCUGCCAUUUUCAGCCAGACUCUUCUCAUCUCUCUUCAGAAAGCAAUUCUGAAUUAACAAAGCCUUAAUCAUCUUGUAUUUGAGUAUGGAUGAGGUUUAAAAAAAAUAAUAAUAAUAAUAAUAAUCAGCUGAAACGUGAUCAGAUUAAAGUUUGCUCUCCAGCUAAGACUUCAGACCUGCAGAGCCGUCCUUAGGGGACAGCGAACCAGGGCAACCACUACCGGCCCUGCACUUUGGGGGACCACGUGGGCUGGCGUGAUUGGGCAGCGGGUGAACCACUGGCUGGGGGAGAGAGAGCCCUCCACCCAAGGGAGAGCCACGCUUGGCUGUUUGGGGAGGCACAGUCCUCCCCUACCCACUCCCAGCGUGGUCGGUCCCGGAAGUGAUGUCACUUCUGCCCCAGUCCCCGCACCUCCCUAGGGACGGCCCUGCAGACCUAUCCACUUCUCACUAAAGUUAAACAGUGGGAGUGACAUGAGGCAGGGGGAGCAGGAGCUAUUCUCAAGUCUCAGCCACCGAGCAAAGAUCUAGGCCUGUUCUCCAAACAAGAAGUAUUUUUAAGAGAAGGAAAAUCUAUCUCUAGAUCAUUUGUGCCGCAGCUUUCAAGCAUCAGAAACGGUUUACUCUUUACUAGCCCCGAAAAGGGAAAUAUGAUCUCUUAUUUUGUCAAGCCACCAGCUAACUGAUACACAAUUAACACCGAUGACUUUCCCAACCCUAAUUCAGAGCCUAUUUCUGCCUGGCUGUGGAUAGACAUCAAAUUUAGGCUUUAUUUCAUUUUUUAGAUGGAAGGAGAGAAGUCUUAGCAAAAGCUCCAAGUGUCCUUGAAUCAGCUGCAGCAGCAAUUAUGAGCAAGUGAAGAGAAGCAGGGAUCCAAAUGCCCGUCGAGAUUGGGAGCUGGCCUGAAGGGUUCUAGCUCAAGGCAGUCUGGCUGGUGCAGCCUGGCGAAAGAUCAUAGGGCAUGUGUAUCUCUGUUGCUGAACAUGUGUGAUGCCUUCAGCUAAACUGAAAGGGUGGGUAGACUCCUCAUCCCCAGCGUUACUGACUUACUAGAAGCUAAUGUCUAUCUCUGAGCUAAAUGGGAAUCCAACCCUCAUUUAAUGAACAGCAGGAGAAAUAAUGGAAGAGAAGGCCCCAAGCUAUCGGCUGCAUUAUAAAAGGCAAGGAGGGUGAACAGUUGUACUUUCAGGCGGUUCUUUCAGGAGUUCUUGCCUUCUCACUUGCUAUCAAACCUAUGGUCCUGCAGGUGGUUGGGCUCUGCUUCCAAAGACUUUUGUCUAGUGGGGGUGCCAGUUCUGUCUCAGAGGAGGUAUUCCUUUUCCAUUCCUUUGCAGACAUGAGAUGCUGAAAAAGGCAGGAGAGGUACCCAUAGUCUUAUUGUGAUGGACCUCAAAAUUACAACCUCCCUCAAUUAGCAGCUACAAAUUAAGCCUUUCUUGGAAGAUUCCAUAAACGUAGAACGUUCAUCUGAGUGAAUUUCGUUCGAAGACAGACAUGUCUCUUCUCAUAUGAUUAGUGCAAAACUGCCUCUUAAUGACAACGGUACCCAUAGUUCCCUUGGGGGUGAUUCAGCAUUCCCAUUCUUCAUUACAAAACAUUUCUUAGCAUGUGUAUGUGCCUCUGACCAUUUUGGAUGUUGAGGUGGGUGUUGAGGCAGGUACUUGAGAUCUCAGCCCUGGAAAUCAGAACUUCAUGGCAAUAUUGGAUCAGUUCUAGCAAACAUCCACUUAAGUUUCUUUAUCUGUGUAACUUCUACAAUACUGGCGUACCUUGCAGGGCUGUUGUGAGGAUUAAUUGAAGGUGUACAAAGUGCUCUGAGUUCCUUUAGUCAAAGGUGCUAGAAAGAGGCAUGGUAUUACUAUUAUUCUUCCUAGGUUUCUGCUUCACUUAGGCUAACUUUGGUGCUGUUGUGUGUCUGUCUGUCUGUGUAUGUCUCUCUCAUGUGGCCGAGGUUGUUUAUGGUUAGGUUGAAUUUCUUCUGUGGAGAUUCCAGUCCCCUUACUGUCUUCCAUGGUUUGCAUAAAGCUUGCAGGCUAAACACAGGGGGCCAGAUUUCUCUUUGGUGUAACUCUUUUGCACUUCAGGGAGUUACACCAUGGAGGAAUUGGGUCCUUUGGCUUUUUCUUCCUAGUCAUUGUAUGAUGGCCUGAACUGAACACAGAAGUGUAUUAGAAGGGAAGGUUUGGCGGAGGAGGGAAAAUGUCACAAAAACACUAAUCAUUUCCACUUUAAUACACCCAUGAACCUUGGAACUUGAGCACUUAAUGUAGAUGACUGGAUAACAAAUAUGUGUUCAGCUGGAGUCAUGGGAUAAGAUAGGAA